AUGUCUCAGACGUCUAAAUUAGAAAGUGUUCAGUUUUUUGCUGUUAUUGAUGAUAGAUUAGGGAAUAGAUCUGAACAUCAAGAUGAGAGACUAUUGUUUUAUUUAACAAGAAUUGAAUAUAAUCAAUUAGUUAUUACUAUAAAUCAUAUUAUUUCUUAUAUACUACUUGUUAAUAAAUUUUGUGGUAAUAUUCAAAUAUUAAAAACAAAGAAUUAUGUUACAUUUAUUUAUUCUCCAAUACCACAUUAUUAUUUUCUUUUAAGAAUUUUAAGAGAAAAAGAAAAUACGAAUUAUUAUUAUUAUUAUUCUAAAUAUCUCAAAAUACUUGUUGAUACAUUUCUUGUUCUUAAUGGAAAUGAACUUAACAAAUCAGUUACAUAUGAAUUAUUAGAAAUGUAUUUUAAUAAUAUAUUUACUACAUUUACUUUUAAUAAAAUAUUUGAAAAUUUAUAUCAACUUAGAAAUGGAAUUAUUCCUUCUUCUUCUUUUAUUUAUUUAAAAAGUAAAAUGAAUUUACUUCGUUCAAAAUAUCCAACAUUUAAAACAUGUUUUAUAACUAGAAACAAUUCAAUUCUUUUUAAUGAAUUAGACCAGUCACAAAUACUACCAUUUUAUCAUCUUAUUAAUGUUCAUGCACCUUUAAAAAGUUCUUUACCUUCAAUGAAACUUAAUAAAUGGUUAUAUUCAAAUCAUUUAAUUCCAAUUUAUCCAUUAAUAAAUAAUAUUAUUUGGUAUAUUGAUAUUUUUAUUAAUGUCAAAUUAACAAUAAAAACUGUUUUUGUUGUAAUUUGUACUUCAAACAAAAGUCUCCCACAUAGUUUUUAUAAAGAUUUUGAUAUUCAAAAUAUUCAAAAUUCUUUUAGUGAAUCAAAGAGUUGUAUUUCAGUGAAUUCAUUAUUAAAGUCAUGUCUCUAUUUACACUAUGAUGGUGUGUUUUUAACAACAAAUAUUCCUCAUAAAAAGAAUGAAUCUCCAUUUUAUUUUGUUUUAAGACACAUAGAAUUACUUCGUAAAAAUACUAUUCAUUCUUUAUGGCUCAUAGAUAAAAAUUCAGUUAUUAUUUUAAAAAAAGAAUUAAAUAAAUUCCUUCUUACAAAAUUCUUUGUAUUACCAGAAAGAACAAUGAACUGGAUAAAUAAUGCAUUUGAAGAUUUAUCAAUCUAUUCGUUUGUAUAA